CAGGAACGAGGUGCUAUCAAGUGCGACGAUCGAUCGUGUUGGCUCUUUCGCGGCGAGUCCAAACAAAGUGGUGUGAAAUAUGAUCAUCCAGAUAAAUUCUUGACACUUGCGUGCUUAUUAAUUCCCUUUCUCCUCCUCGGCAACGGGUGCAAAGAUUUCAUUUUAACUUGUUUGUGAAUUGUUAUUAAACCCCUGUGAAUGGAUCGGCCGGGCCCCGGAUCGUUGGAUGGAGGCGUUUUUUACGGUUAGGUGUCGAAAUUAUCUUCCCGGUGCGAGUGCGAGUCGGACUUAUUUCGUCGCUUUGUUUUUCUUUCUUCUUUCUCUCUCGUCUCAAAUUUCAAAGGGUGGAUUGGCGUGAUCUGGGUCAGAGAUGACGAACUCCCAGAGUCUGUCGACAGCGCCGGUCGAAUCGGACUUGAACGCCAACAGCUUAAAGGAUGAAGAAAGUUCCCUCGUCACAUUAGAAGAUCGCGAUUUAUGGAUUAAGUUUCAAAGUCUCACUAAUGAAAUGAUUGUCACCAAAAACGGCAGGCGCAUGUUCCCGGUAGUAAAAGUAAAUGUCAGAGGAUUAGACCAAAGUGCCAUGUAUACUGUGUUAUUAGAAUUUGUACAAAUUGAGCAGCAUAGGUGGAAAUAUGUCAAUGGCGAAUGGGUACCAGGUGGGAAAGCUGAGGCUGCGCCAAUGAACCCGAUUUACGUCCAUCCAGAAUCGCCAAAUUUCGGUGCCCACUGGAUGAAGGACUCCAUUUCAUUUGCCAAAGUCAAACUUACUAAUAAAACAAAUGGAUCUGGCCAGAUCAUGUUGAAUUCGCUGCAUAAGUACGAACCUAGGAUACACAUCGUCCAAGUAGGCUCUGAGCAAAGGAACAAAGUCACAUGUCCAUUCCCAGAGACCCAAUUUAUAGCUGUGACCGCAUACCAGAAUGAAGAGGUAACGUCUCUAAAAAUCAAGUACAAUCCAUUCGCAAAGGCCUUUUUAGAUGCUAAGGAAAGACCGUCGGAGAAUGCGUAUCAAAGAGAGACCAACACUUCCCAGUCUUCUCAGUAUUCACAAUGCAAAAGUAUUACAGCGAGUUCGUGGCUGGUGCCGUCCGUUCAAAGUUCUGUCCAUUCAAGUUAUGACCGAGGUAUAUCGAGUAGUAGACAUCACAGGCAUUCACCUUAUCCUCCAAGGUCCAUACCAAGUUCCCAAUCCUCACAAUCAAUUGGCGGAUACCCAUGCGACCUGCCAUCGGAAUCGACCUCCCCAGCAGGUCUCUGCUCGGUGGCUAGCUUCAGCUGGGGGGCCCAAAGCCCGCCCCCGCUCUUCAGCUCCUCCAUCUCGCCACCACCCCCGCUUGCCAUCAUCACGACGUCGCAGUCCCCCAUGACGUGCCCCUCGCCCGUCUCCAACUACUCCGGCUGGCACCCCUUCCCGCCGCCGCCGCCGCCCCCCGACCAGUACCCCCUCCACCACUACCAGCACGAGUACAUCCCCCUGCCGAUCAUCCACUCGGAGUACCACCACCCCCUCGUCGACGCCAACGAGCGGUGCAACCUCUUCGUGGACUACGAUCACGCUCGCAUGGCCCAGGUCAAGGAGGAGGAGGCCUACCGGGAGCAACUCUCGCCCCCCGCCCCUCCGCCCCAGAGGAGCCCAUUCGUCAUCGAUGCCUGGCCCCAGCUCACCACUGCACCUACGCACACCAACCUGUAGCGCUGCCAAGAAUCAUGACGAUAGAGAAAUGAUUCGGUAGUGCUGGUCACACACUGGGAAAGGAACUCUCUCGGAUCCAGAGUCCAGCGGGCUUAUAGUUGAAAUUGGUGGACGAAGUGAUAGACAAAGAAGACAAUAAAUAUAUGGAGGGAGCCUAUUGGUGGAAGCGAGUGGUUGCUAUGGACAAAGGCAGUAGGUAACAGACUUACUAUUAUAAUAGCAACCCACGAGAAACCCUAU